AUGCUUAUUCCAAGAGAAGAAAGAAAGAAGAUCCACCAAUACCUCUUCCAAGAAGGUGUCGUUGUUGCCAAGAAGGACUUCAACCAACCAAAGCACGAUGAAAUUGACACUAGAAACUUAUAUGUCAUCAAGGCUUUACAAUCCUUAACCUCUAAAGGUUUCGUCAAGACCCAAUUCUCAUGGCAAUACUACUACUACACCUUAACUGACGAAGGUGUUGAAUUCUUAAGAACUGAAUUAAACAUUCCAGAAGGUAUUUUACCAUUAACCAGAUUGAAGCAAGCUCCAGCUGAAAGACCAAGACCAUCCAGAGGUGGUGCCCCAAGAAGAGGUGGUUCUGAAGGUUACAGAAGAAGAGCUAGAGAAUAA